CUGACUUGGUGUAGGGCAGACAGGGUGGGGACUGGCCGGGGAAGGAGUCGUGCGCUGCUGGCCUGCGGCGGGGCCCUGUGGCGGGGCUUUGAACUGGGAGCAACGGUGAACGGAACUUUUGGAAGUAGUGCCGGCGGCUCUCCACCCCCAGUACAGAACUUGUAUGGAUCAGUUUGCUAAGGACGUGCGAGAUUUGAAGAGCUGAAAAAAGUCAGUAUUAAACCUGUUUUUUAAAAAUAUCUUCAUCCAAAUUUGCCAUUGACAAAUAAGAAAAUGAUGAGUGAUGCAAGUGACAUGUUGGCUGCGGCACUAGAGCAGAUGGAUGGUAUUAUAGCAGGUUCUAAGGCCCUGGAAUAUUCCAAUGGGAUCUUCGAUUGCCAGUCUCCCACCUCUCCAUUCAUGGGAAGUUUGCGAGCUCUACACCUUGUAGAAGAUCUUCGUGGAUUGUUAGAGAUGAUGGAAACAGAUGAGAAGGAGGGCUUGAGAUGCCAGAUUCCCGAUUCUACAGCAGAAAUGCUUAUUGAGUGGCUUCAGAGUCAAGUGACAAAUGGACACUUACCUGGGAAUGGAGAUGUAUGUCAAGAAAGGCUAGCUCGCUUAGAAAAUGAUAAAGAAUCCCUUGUUCUUCAGGUCAGUGUGUUAACAGACCAGGUGGAGGCUCAGGGAGAGAAGAUUCGAGAUUUGGAGUUUUGUCUUGAAGAGCACAGAGAGAAACUGAAUGCCACAGAAGAAAUGCUGCAGCAGGAGCUUCUGAGUAGGACAUCCUUAGAAACUCAGAAGUUGGAUCUAAUCGCUGAAAUAUCCAACUUGAAGUUAAAACUGUCAGCUGUAGAGAAGGACAGACUGGAUUAUGAAGACAGGUUUCAAGACACAGAGGGACUAAUUCAGGAGAUCAAUGAUUUAAGGUUAAAAGUCAGUGAAAUGGAUAGUGAAAGACUUCAAUAUGAAAAAAAGCUUAAGUCAACCAAAGAUGAACUGGCAUCUUUAAAAGAACAACUGGAAGAGAAGGAAUCUGAAGUAAAAAGGCUGCAAGAAAAGUUGGUUUGCAAGAUGAAAGGAGAAGGGGUUGAGAUUCUUGAUAGAGAUAUUGAAGUACAAAAGAUGAAAAAGGCUGUGGAAUCUUUAAUGGCAGCAAAUGAUGAAAAGGAUCGAAAAAUAGAAGAUCUCCGACAGUGCCUAAACAGGUAUAAGAAAAUGCAAGACACAGUGGUACUGGCCCAAGGUAAAAAAGGCAAAGAUGGUGAAUAUGAAGAUCUGCUCAAUUCCAGUUCCAUCUCUACUUUGUUGGAUGCACAGGGCUUUAGUGACAUAGAGAAAAGUCCAUCAUCUUCCCCAGUAAUGGGAUCUCCCAGUCGUGACCCAUUCAACACAAGUAUUCCAGAAGAGUUCCACACCAGCAUCUUGCAAGUUUCAGUCCCUUCAUUAUCGGCAGCAACUAUAGGAGUGGAAACUCCUGAAAAAACCAAGUUGCCUCUUAAACCAGAGACUUCAUUUGAAGAGAAUGAAGGAAAAGCAAUCCUUGGUGCUGCUAUUGAAACCCAGUUGUGUGAUGGUCUUUUAACUUCAAGUCUGCAAAAAUCCAGCAGCCUAGGCAGUCUGAAGAAGGAGACAAAAAAUGGGGAAAAGGAGUCUAUUCAGAAGCCUUCAGAGGAUAAAGCUUCAGGAGAAAGUAGCACAUUUGGGAGCCUCCCUCCCAAAGUUCCAAGACGAGAUGCCUCCGUGGAUGACAACCCCUUUGGCACUCGAAAAGCAAGAUCUUCCUUUGGCCGGGGCUUCUUUAAAAUCAAAAGUAACAAAAGGACAGCAAGUGCACCAAACUUGGCUGAAACAGAAAAGGAGACAGUGGAGCACCUAGAUCUGGCUGGGACAUCUUCUCAGCCCAGAGAUUCACAGGGAAACAGUCCUUUCCAGAUAUCUCCACCAUCUCCAGAUUCCAAAAAGAAAUCCAGAGGUAUCAUGAGACUCUUUGGAAAACUUAGGAGAAGUCAAUCGACUACGUUCAACCCAGAUGACAUGGCUGAGCCUGAAUUCAAAAGAGGAGGGACAAGGGCAACUGCAGGCCCCCGAUUGGGUUGGUCUCGAGAUUUGGGACAGUCUAACAGUGAUUUGGAUACACCAUUUGCCAAAUGGACCAAGGAGCAAGUUUGUAAUUGGCUUGCAGAACAAGGCUUGGGAUCCUACCUGAAUUCUGGCAAGCACUGGAUUGAGUCUGGUCAAACACUUUUGCAGGCUUCUCAGCAAGAUCUAGAGAAGGAACUUGGAAUCAAGCAUUCACUUCAUCGAAAGAAAUUCCAGCUGGCACUGCAAGCUCUAGGAUCCGAGGAAGAAACCAAUCAUGGGAAGCUGGAUUUCAACUGGGUCACUAGAUGGUUGGAUGAUAUUGGCCUCCCCCAGUAUAAGACCCAGUUUGAUGAAGGACGGGUGGAUGGUCGAAUGCUACAUUACAUGACAGUUGAUGACUUACUGUCUUUGAAGGUUGUGAGUGUGCUGCACCACCUCAGUAUCAAAAGAGCCAUUCAGGUCCUGAGGAUCAAUAACUUUGAACCAAAUUGCCUACGAAGACGACCAUCUGAUGAGAGUAGCAUCACCCCAUCUGAGGUUCAGCAAUGGACCAAUCAUCGAGUGAUGGAGUGGCUGCGCUCUGUGGAUCUGGCAGAAUAUGCUCCCAAUCUCAGAGGCAGUGGUGUCCAUGGUGGGCUCAUGGUUCUAGAACCUCGUUUUAAUGUAGAAACAAUGGCGCAGUUAUUAAAUAUUCCACCAAAUAAGACACUGUUGCGAAGACAUUUGGCCACUCAUUUUAAUCUCCUAAUCGGUGCUGAGGCCCAACAUCAGAAGCGAGAUGCCAUGGAGUUACCAGAUUAUGUACUUUUAACAGCUACUGCCAAAGUGAAGCCAAAGAAACUUACCUUCAGCAAUUUUGGGAAUCUGAGAAAAAAGAAACAGGAAGAUGGAGAAGAAUAUGUUUGUCCAAUGGAAUUGGGACAGGUAUCAGGAAGUGCCACUAAGAAGGGGUUUAAACCUGGUUUGGAUAUGCGCCUAUAUGAUGAAGACGACUUAGAUCGGUUAGAGCUGGAAGAUUCGGAAGGGACAGUGAGACAAAUAGGGGCAUUCUCUGAAGGCAUCAACAAUCUCACACACAUGUUGAAGGAAGAUGACAUGUUUAAAGAUUUUGCUGCCCGCUCUCCCAGUGCCAGCAUUACAGACGAAGAUUCAAACGUUUGACCUGGAUGAGCAAAGUGGAAAUGGACAACAGGAGAAUUGUGCCUAUUCAGAAUUUGCCACAAAAAAUGAGACACUGGUGAAUGAGAGUAUAAUUUUUGUUCCUCUAUUUAAUGUAAAAAUCCAUGAUGUAUUGUAUUUAAAGUGUUGCACUUAAGAUGAGUAUUUUAUGUUUCCAUUCACAUCCCAGCAUGGAGGAUUGGGGGAGCAGUAACCAGGGUGUGAAUGACUUUGACACAUCAUUGCUCACUGCAGCCAUCUAAGCAGGACACUCUGUGCUCAGAGGCAGUGUAUGGAAUUUUGUGUGCCCACUGAAUGCCAGCUACACCUCCACUUGCCUCUUAUCUUAUUUUUAUAUAUUUUUCUAAAUAUAUGUAUAUAUAUAUAUAUAUAUAUAUAUAUAUAGUACAUAGAAAAUAGAACUUUUAUUUUGUGACAUAAGGAAGAUAAUGGCAAGAUCACAUUGAAAAUAAAAACAAAAUCAGAUAAAAACAAAACAUAGUGAUCUAAAUUUUCAUGUUCCAGAUGGUCCUUAAGAGAUUUUUCUUUCUUCACAGCUGAACUUUUUAACAAAGUUUAUCUUUCAGGCUAAAUUAACAUACAUGAAAUAGCCUUUUUAAUGGCACCACAGAAUUGUAGAGCAAUCUAUUUUGAUUUUAAUCUUGGAUCCAUUUACCUUACAAGGAAGAACUCAAGGGACAUUAAUAUACCAUUAACUUGAAUAUAUUCAUAAACAUUCACACAGACCCCUCUCAAAAUUGGUAGAGGUAAUUUCUAAAGAAAUCAAAAAUAAAACAAAAACUUUAUAGUGUUUUUUAUUUUCUUCUUUGUUACAUACAUCAUUACAUCAAAGUACUAACAGUCUACCUAGAUAAUGGUAUGUUUCUCAGGCCAUCAAUAAAUGGAGCUUCAUUUCAUUUCAAUCAGAUUCAAAAAUUCUGAGGCUGCAAAACUAAUUAUAUAAUGGCUAUUUCCUUACAUAAAAUGUAGUUCCUGUUUUUCUAUAACACAAAACUCAAAUUUUCUUUAUUUAAAAAAAAUAGUUGCAGCAAAAACUGUACUAUUCGUGUUUUUUAUGGGGUAUUAGAAAAAAAUCUAUUUUUCAUUCAGUGCUACAUAUGCUUAUGAUGGUCAACUGUGGAAAGGAUGGGUGUUCACAAGAUGGAAUGAGGUGGGCAGUUCAGUCAAUGUGAGUGAACUUGUUUAUAAACUCUAUUUGAAUAUCAGUGGUGUUAUAUUUUAUAUUGUCAGCAAGUUACCAAGCUAUUCAUCAAGGAACUUAUAACAUAGAUUACUAUUUAUUCAUAAAUGAAAGGAUUUGAUGCUAUGGGAUUUCCUUUGAACUUUUUAUCAUUCAUUACUUGGUAACUAUAUUGGACUCUUCCUGUAUUUGGAUUUUAUUUUAAUAUGAAUAUAUGUCACCAUUUGAAAAACUCUAUUUGUUAUUAGAAACUGGUUGAAAAUACCAGAAGACUGUUAAAAAAUGCCAAAUUUUCUUUAUUAGAACAAUAUAACAUAAUAUUUGAUAAGAUUAAAAUUUUUUCAAUGAUAUAUUUUAUUUGCAAAAUAUUAUACACAAUACUUAAUUGCCUAAUGCCUUUAUUAUCAUUGUUUAAUUUUUACCUGGUUCAAAAUAACAGAUGGGCUUGGUUUCUGGUAUCGAAAAUAGUAACAAACUCUUUCUCAUUGGUAAACAUCCAUAAAUUUGUUUAAGUGGA